UCGUAGCGCUCUUCAGCGUUAGCAACGCUGUUGUUGUCAUGUCCUCAAAGGAGGCUGCUUCUUCUUCGUGAACUUCGCUUUUAAACCCGAGGAAGAAAAGGUCGUCACCGUCGGAAUGGUGGUCGACCCGGGGGCCGCGGCUGUCCUGGUGGUGGCCUGUGUGAUAGCCAUAGUAGAAGCAACUCAAAGUUUAUCAGCAGAGGAAUGUUUUGCUGUGGGGUUGAACAGAGCAACUCUCAUGUGCUCAUCAUGUGAUACUUUAAAGGAAUUUAAUCUUGAAGCACUGGAGGCCAACUGUAGGCAGUGCUGCAAUGUUGAUGAUGUUAAUGCCACCCCAACAAAGUACCCACGGGCUCAGUUAGAAGUGUGUGGGUGACGACUGGGGGCAUUCCCACAGGUUCAGGCGUUCGUAAAGAGCGACCGACCUCUGGCCUGUUUCCCAAAACCUUACUGUUUAAA